AUGGCCGCUGUGCUCGCCUCAAACCUGCCUCAACGCCUCCCCAAAACCUUCUUUCCCGUCUCGUCUCCAUCCUCGCCACGCCUCCCCUCCCUCCUCCGUCGCUCCGGGCGCCGCCCCCACCCCGCCCUCCACUCGGCCCCGCCCGCCGACUGGCCCUUGGAGCAGCGCCUCGAAGAGUCCCUGUCCGUGCUCGACCUCAUGGACGCCCAGUCCAUCUCGCCUGACCCCGCUCUCCUCUGCACCCUCCUCAACGCCUGCGCCGACGCCCGCAACCUCCGUCUCGGCCGCCUCGUCCACGACAGAGCCGCCCGCGCCGGCCUCCAAGCCCACCCCGCCGUCGCCAACGGCCUCCUCCGCCUCUACUCCCGCUGCGGCCUCCUGGGUGCCGCCCGCCGCCUGUUCGACGAAAUGCCCGAGCGGAAUGUUGCCACCUGGACCACCGCCAUCGCAAUGUACCUCCAUGCCGGCUUUCCCCGUGAUGCCGUCCAACUAUACUGUUCGAUGACCGCCGCCGCCGCCGACACCGGAGUCCGGCCCAACGCCUUCACUUACACCAUUGCUUUAAACUCGUGCGCUAGCAUUGGAGAUCUUGAGCUCGGCAUCCAAAUUCAUGAGGAGAUUAAACGAGAUGGAUGCGAACAGGAUGAGUUUGUCACCGUGGCACUGAUCGACAUGUACGCAAAGUGUGGCCGUGUCGGCGAUGCUCGUGAGGUGUUCAACAAAGCUCAAAUUAAGACGGUCGAGGCUUGCACCGCGAUGAUCGAGGGGUAUAAUAGAAAUGGCAAGGCCAAGGAAGCAAUGGAUGUUAUCAGGAGCACAUUGCAAAAUGGGAGGAAUAGCGAGGUGGCUAGUAGGUUGGGGUUUGCGACGAUGAUCAGACCGUGCGUCGUGGAAAUGGCACUGAGACAGGGGCAGGAGAUUCAUGCCCACAUUAUCAAAUUCAGGCAUCAGCCAGGGAUGAAAACUCUAGGUGCACUGGUAGAAUUGUAUGAGAAGUGUGAUAAGAUGGAGAUUGCCUAUCGAGUUUUCGACAGCUUGGUAGCAAAAAAAUUAGGCUUGUGGAGCAGAAUGAUAGCCGGGUUUGUGAGGAAUGGGUUGUGUGAAGAAGCCCUGAAGCUUUACCUCAGGAUGGUAUGUUUAGAUAUUGGAAUGGAUACUUUUAUAGUUUUCCAGGCUAUUAAGGCAUGUGUUGGGGUGUUGGGUUUGGAAGAAGCAAAACAGAUGCAUGGCAGGGUCAUCAAACUUGGUCACUUGUUGGAAGGUUCUGUGAUUGGUGGUCUUGGUGAGCUUUAUAGUGAAUGCGGAGAGCAGGAAAAGGUUUACAAGCUACUGAACCAGAAGAAGAUCUUGCAGAAAUAG